AUGGAUAUUGAGCGUCUGCUGCAGUACGAGCUACUUGAGAAAAUAGGUAAAGGCUCCUUCGGCGAAGUUUUUAAAGCAUUCGCCAAGGAAACGGGAGAAAUUGUAGCCAUGAAAGUGAUAGAUCUCACUGUAAAUUAUAAUUAGGAUACAGAAGAUUCGUUGGAUACCUUAAACAGAGAAAUACAGAUAUUAAAAGAAUGCCAAAAUCCUAGAAUCACCAAUUUUUACGAAUCUUUUGUUCACGAAGGGAAGCUGUACAUUGUUAUGGAAUACGUAGCUGGAGGAUCUGUUAAAGACAUUUUGAAGGUUAGAGGGCCUUUGCAGGAAAUCUACAUCCCUAUUCUUCUCAAAGAACUCCUACUUGCACUAGCUUAUCUGCAUUCUAACAAAAAAAUCCACAGAGACGUUAAAGCAGCAAAUAUUCUGCUCUCAAUGGAUGGACAAGUCAAGCUUGCAGAUUUCGGAGUCACAGCUCAGAUCACUGAAAGUGUGAACAAGCGAAACUCAUUUGUUGGCACACCUUAUUGAAUGGCUCCUGAAGUUGUUGUGCAGUCUGGCUAUGACUACAAAGCUGAUAUAUGAUCUGUUGGCAUCACAGCAAUAGAGCUUGCUACAGGAAAGCCUCCAUACAUGGAUUUGCCUCCUUUAUCUGCUUUAUUUCGGAUUCAAACUGAUCCAUCCCCACAACUGGAUCAAUCCUUCUCUCCUACAUUUAGAGAUUUUAUUGCUCAAUGUUUAGAAAAAAACCCAAACUUGCGACCAGACAUUAGCAUUAGCAUUAAUUAUAGAUUAGGGCUCUUCCUUCUUUUACGUCUCACUCGAAACGGGUCUUCGUAGGACACUCGUUCAGCUACGAGCAACCUCUCUGGAUAUGCCAGCAUUUCCACCAGAGAUAGCUCUCUUCAGCUUUCAUCAUGGUUCUUAAUGCUGUCUCGGAACCUCGGAGGAUGCAGGUUUGGGACUUGACAGCUGCUUGAUUGACUAGAGUUCCAUCUAGAGAUAAACCCCCUAGCUAGUAUUUGUACUAAUUAUGCCUUCGUCGUCGGCACUAGUGGUCGCUAGGGGUAAAAAGCCUUUUUUCCAAAAUGUCAUCGGAAAGACACAAAGUCUUUAUGCUGGAAGAGGGAGGCAAAACCAACUGGAGCACAAAUGCCCAGCACUCGUAGAAUCCGUUUCCUGCUCGGCUUGGCUUCUGGCCACAGCAAGUCCCCAAGGUCUGGAGAGAUCGGUAAGUCGCUAUUUUAUUUGUAUGCAAUUACGACCAGAUACAGAAAGUCUUUUAAACCACAAAUUUAUCAAAAAUGCUAAAAAGACUUAUUACUUGACUGAUCUCUUGGAUUCUUCAACUGUAUUGAAAAAGGAGCACUUUAGGUCCUCAUCAACUCAGUCACCAGCCAACACAAUUUUGCAUCUUUCAGACAAUUCACACAGACACACACACAGCUCAGAAAGUGCUAAAAUGAGACAACUCACACAUAGGAAAAAUUCCAGCAACUGCUCUUCCAACUCAAACUCCACACUUAACAGUGUAGAAAUGAUGCCUGAUGAGAUCAGUGGAGCUGCGGUCAUGAUGCCUCGAUGGAGCACAGACAACCCCGGACUGAUUGUAAAGGAGCCUUCUUUUCUUACAAUAGUAGAAAAUGCAAUUUCUAAUAUAGAGAGGAUUGAAGAUUAUAGCUGUGUUGAUAAAUUGAUACUUGCUAUUGCAGAAAUGGAAUUGAAAGACCCUAAACUGGCACCAAGAAUUUUUGCGGAUGUAAUGAAAAUAUAUAAAGGAAAUUAUCCAGAUGAAUACAAACAGCUAUUUAAUUAA